UAGCGAUCUAGUCUUCGCUCAUCCGCCACGAAGUUCUCAUCUUCAAACCUUUCCAUCCGCACUUUAGCCAUUUUCAAAUUUGUUUUCCCUGUUUUGAAUAUUUUAAUUACAUCGACAUUAAAUAUCUAUAAAAAAUGGUGGGCCGCAGCAAAGAACAAGAACAAGAAAUCAUUGAUUGGAUUGAAGCCGUUUUGGGUGAAAAGUUGCCCGGCCAGCCGUACGAGGAUUUGCUACGCGACGGCAUCAUUUUAUGUAAAUUAAUCAACAAGAUUGCGCCCGGCUCGGUCAACAAGAUCCAGACGAGUGGCGGGAGUUUCAAACUCAUGGAAAACAUUCAAAGGUUCCAAACGGCUUUGAAAAAGUACGGCGUUCCAGACGAGGAGAUAUUCCAGACGGCGGAUUUGUACGAACGUCGCAACAUUCCGCAAGUCACGCUCUGUCUCUACGCAUUGAGCCGAUUGACGCAGAAACAUCCCGAGUACACGGGUCCGCGCCUCGGUCCCAAAAUGGCCGAAAAGAACGAACGCGAGUUUACCGAAGAACAAUUACGCGCCCACGAGGGACACAUUGGACUUCAAGCCGGAUUUAAUAAAGGAGCUUCACAGGCCGGCGUCGGGGCAUUCGGAAAUACCCGGCACAUGUGAAGAA